AGGAGAGGAGGGGACAUGGGCGGGGCCGAGGCGCCUCUCAUUUCCCCUCCAUGCUUAGCGGGGCAGCAGGGCUGGAGAGACCUCCGGGGAGCACAGUCGCCAGUCCAGCACGGAGACCCGCCUGGCCAAAAAAACGCGCCUCACACUUGCCAGGAUUGCCAAACAUUCCUGAAAAAUAUACCUGCUAUUUAUGGCAUGUGGCUUGUAACUUUACUCCUGCUGUACUCUCUCCAAGAAGUACACAGUGAGGAUGUGGGCUCUACCAGGCUGUACUUUGUGAAUGCCUCCCUGCAGAGGGUAACCUACUCCAGCUCGGUGGGGGUGUCCCUGCCCUGUCCAGCAGGGGGCACCCCCAGUGCCAUACUGCGCUGGUACCUGGCCACCGGCGACGACAUCUACGACGUGCCCCACAUCCGACACGUGCACGCCAAUGGCACCCUGCAGCUGUACCCCUUCUCGCCCUCUGCCUACAACAGCUACAUCCAUGACAACGACUACUUCUGCACUGCCGAAAACCAGGCCGGCAAGAUCCGCAGCCCCAACAUCCGCAUCAAAGCUGUUUUCAGGGAGCCCUACACCGUGCGGGUGGCGGACCAGCGCUCAAUGCGGGGCAACGUAGCUGUGUUCAAGUGCCUCAUCCCCGCCGCCGUGCAGGAGUACGUCAGCGUUGUGUCCUGGGAGAGAGACACCGUUUCCAUCGUCCCAGGUAACAGGUUCUCGCUGACCUCCUUUGGGGCUCUCUACAUCUCUGAUGUUCAGAAGGAGGACGCCCUCUCCACCUACCGGUGCAUCACCAAGCAUAAAUACAGCGGCGAGACACGGCAAAGCAAUGGAGCCCGGCUCUCUGUCAUGGACCCCAACGAGUCCUCACCAACCAUCCUGGACAGUUUCCAAGCAGGGGAGGUGUACGCAGGCCAGAGUAUCGAACUCCCCUGCAUAGCAGGAGGUUACCCCAGCCCUACAGUGCGCUGGCUGAAAGACGGUCGCCCGCUGCCCUCAGAUGCCCGCUGGACUCGGCGUUUGACAGGGCUGACCAUCAGUGACCUGAGGCAGGAGGACAGCGGCAGCUACGCCUGCGAGGUCACCAACAGUUUUGGCUCAAAGGAGGUGUCUGGACAGCUUCAUGUCAUAGAUCCACUACGAGUGACCUUGUCCCCUAAGAAUCUGAAAACGGGCAUCAGCAGCACACUGUUCUUCACCUGCACUGUGGAGGGUUCUCCUGAAUACACCAUCACCUGGUACCGGAACACAGAGCCCAUCGUCCCUGACCAGCACAUUUCCAUCCAGGGACAACACAACGACACCCUACAGAUCACUGCAGCACAGAAGUUCCACUCUGGGGCCUACCAGUGCUUUGCUUCCCGAAAGGGCCACACUGCUCAGGAUUUUUCCAUUAUUCUGCUCGAGGAUGGUACUCCUCGAAUUGUGUCUUCCUUCAGCGAGCGGGUGGUGAACCCCGGCGAGCCUUUCUCCCUCAUGUGUGCCGCCAAAGGAGCCCCGCCGCCCUCCAUCACCUGGACGCUGGACGACGAGCCCGUGGUGCGCGACUCCACCUACAAGACCAGCCAGUACACGCUGUCCGACGGCCUGACCGUGUCGCACGUCAACGUCAGCAGCCCGCUCAUUCGGGAUGGAGGAGUGUAUCGUUGCGUCGCACGCAACUCGGCCGGUAGCGCCGAGUACCAAGCGCGCAUAAACGUAAGAGGUCCACCUCGAAUUAGACCCAUGCGAGACAUCACCGCAGUGGCGGGCAGGAACACCUACAUAACGUGUCGCGUGAUUGGGUACCCGUAUUACUCCAUCAAGUGGCUGAAGGACGGCAUGCAGCUGCCUGAUAAUCAUCGUCAAGUGGUGUUCGAGAACGGCACCCUGAGGCUCACGGACGUGCAGAAGGGUGCGGACGAGGGCACCUACUUGUGCAGCGUGUUGAUCCAGCCCCAGGUGUCAAUCAACCAGACCGUCCAUGUCACUGUUAAAGUGCCACCGCUCAUCCAGCCCUUCGAUAUCCCCUCUACCUCAGUGGGGAAGCUCAUGUACAUUGCCUGUGUGGUGUCAUCUGGGGACAUGCCCAUACGCAUCACCUGGCACAAAGACGGCCAGCUCAUCGUGCCAGGCUCCGCCUCUGGCGUCGGAAUAGAGACCAAAGAGUUCAUGAGCUCCCUGCAAAUCUCCAAGGUGACACUGAAGCACAACGGAAACUACACCUGCAUCGCCAGCAACGCUGCUGCCACCGUCAGCUGGGAAAGACAAUUGAUUGUUACUGUGCCGCCACGUUUUGUGGUGCAGCCCAACAACCAGGACUGUAUCUAUGGUAAAGCCGGAGUUCUCAACUGCUCCGUGGAGGGAUACCCACCUCCAAAAGUCAUGUGGAAACACGCCAAAGGUGUAGGAAACCCUCAGCAGUACCAUCCUGUCCCACUAACUGGACGCAUCCAGAUCAUGUCAAACGGCUCUUUGCUCAUUCGACAUGUUCUUGAGGACGACCGAGGGUACUACCUCUGUCAGGCCUCCAACGGCGUAGGCUCAGACAUCAGUAAAAGCAUGAUCCUUACUGUCAAGAUUCCUGCCAUGAUCACCAGCCACCCCAACACCACCAUGGCGAGGAAGGGCCAGACCAAGGAGCUGAACUGCACAGCGCGGGGCGAGCAGCCUAUUAUUAUCCGCUGGGAGAGGGGAGACACAGUCAUCGACGCAGAGAGAAACCCCCGUUACUCCAUCACCAUCAACAAGAAGGGGGAUGAAGUCAUCUCCACCCUAAAGCUGAACCCAGCCGAGCGAGGAGAUUCUGUCUUCUUCUCCUGCCACGCCAUCAACUCCUAUGGAGAGGGUCGAGGACUCAUCCAACUCACUGUGCAAGAGCCACCAGAUCCCCCGGAGUUGGAGGUGAGGGAGGUGAAGGACAGGAGCAUGAACCUGCGCUGGAUCCAAAGGUUUGAUGGCAACAGCAUCAUCACCAGCUAUGACAUCGAGUACAAAAACAAGUCAGACUCCUGGGAUCACAUGUACACGACCAGGAAUAUCUCACCAACCAACAAUCAGGCAAAUAUUGUGGAGCUGCAUCCGGCCUGCGUUUACAGCAUCCGCAUGUACUCGUACAACAAGAUUGGCCGCAGCCUUCCCAGCAAAGAGCUUACCAUCAGUACGGAAGAAGCACCACCUGACGGGCCGCCGAUGGAUGUCAUCCUCCAGCCAAUGACAUCCCAGAGCAUACGAGUUACAUGGAGGGCUCCUAAGAAGGAGCUGCAGAAUGGGGUGAUCCGAGGUUAUCAGAUCGGUUACCGAGAGAACGGUCCAGGUAGCAACGGCCAGUACAGCAUAGUGGAGAUGAAAGCUACCGGGGACAGCGAAGUUUACACCUUGGACAACCUGAAGAAGUUUGCCCAGUAUGGGGUCGUGGUCCAGGCCUUCAACAGAGCCGGGACGGGCCCAUCAAGUACUGAGAUCAAUGCUACCACGCUGGAAGAUGUUCCCAGUGAGCCUCCACAGAACGUACGAGCCAUCUCGGUGACGUCGGACGAGGCGGUGAUCACAUGGGCAGAGCCUCCACGGCUGACGCUGCACGGUGUGCUGAAAGGCUACCGGGUUGUGUUUUGGUCCCUCUUCCCUGACGGAGAGUGGGGAGAGAUGCAGAAUAUCACCACCACUCGUGAACAGGUGGAGCUGCGAGGCCUCGAGAAGUUCACCAACUACAGUGUUCAGGUUCUGGCCUACACACAGGCUGGAGAUGGAGUCCGCAGCAACGUCCUGUACAUCCAAACCCGAGAGGAUCUUCCCGGUCCACCGGCUGGCAUCAAGGCGGUUCCCUCCUCUGCGAGCAGUGUGGUUGUGUCCUGGUUACCUCCUCACAAACCAAAUGGUGUUAUCCGCAAGUACACCAUCUACUGCUCCAGUCCAGGAUCUGGACAGCCAGCACCCAGCGAGUACGAGGCCAACCCAGAGAUGCUCUUCUACCGCAUCACGCACCUCACCCGUGGCAAACAAUACCACAUCUGGGCUGCCGCCGUGACAACCGCCGGCCGAGGCAACAUCAGCUCAAAGGUCACGGUGGAGCCUGCUGGGAAAGUCCCAGCUAAGAUCCUGUCCUUCGGGGGCACCGUGACCACACCCUGGAUGAAAGAAGUGCGUCUGCCCUGCAGCUCUGUGGGAGAACCCGCCCCCACCAUUAAAUGGACCAAAGACAGUGAGGACUCUGCCAUCCCAGUCACAGCCGACAGUCAGCGGCAGAUCUUAUCCAACGGCACGCUGGUGCUCCGUUCAGUCAAAGCAGAGGAUUCUGGGUACUACACGUGUACGGCCACCAACACUCUAGGCUUUGACACCAUCAUAGUCAAUCUAGUGGUGCAAGUUCCUCCUGACCAGCCUCGUCUGACGGUCUCCACCACCUCCACCUCUUCCAUCACCCUGGCUUGGAUCCCCGGAGACAACGGAGGAAGCUCCAUCAGAGGAUUUGUGCUGCAGUACUCAGUGGACAACACAGAGGAAUGGAGGGACGUGUUCAUCAGCUCCAGCGAGCGUUCCUUCAGGUUGGACAAUCUCCGCUGUGGAACAUGGUACAAGGUCAAGCUGGCCGCCAAGAACAGUGUGGGGUCAGGACGCAUCAGUGAGAUCAUUGAGGCCAAGACACAUGGAAGAGAACCGGUGUUCAACAAGGACCAGCCGCUACUCACCCACAUCAACUCCACUCAUGCAGGACUCAACCUGCAGGGCUGGACCAGCGGCGGCUGCCCCAUCACCGACAUGAUGCUGGACUUUCGGCCCAAAGGCACCUGGGCCUGGCAGAGCCUCAAGGCCAACUCCACCACUCAGCUGUUCCUCAGCGAGCUGCGCGAGGCCACUUGGUACGAGCUCAAAAUGAAGGCCUGCAACAGUGCAGGGUGUGGAAACCAGAGCUCCCAGUUUGCUACCACUGACUACGAUGGCAGCACAAUCCCUCCCAUUAAAUCAGCCCGUGGAGAGGGGGAUGAUGUGAAGAAGCUCUUCUCCAUUGGCUCUCCUGUCAUCCUGGUUACUCUGGGCGUUGCUUUGCUCUUCAUUAUCCGCAAGAAACGCAAGGAGAAGAGGCUUAAACGACUUAGAGAUGCUAAGAGCCUUGCUGAGAUGCUUAUCAGCAAGAACAAUCGCAGUAUAGACACUCCUGUGAAAGGCCCUCCUCAAGGGCCGAGGCUCCAUAUCGACAUCCCUCGAGUUCAGCUGCUCAUUGAGGACAAGGAAGGCAUCAAACAGAUAGGAGAAGACAAGGCCGCAGUGCCGGUGACAGACACUGAGUUCAGCCAAUCAGUGAAUCCACAGAACUUCUGCACAGGCGUUUCUCUGCAUCACCAAGCUCUCAUCCAGAACUCUGGGCCUUUGAUUGACAUGUCAGACAUCCGCCCUGGCACAAAUCCUGUGUCCAGGAAGAGCAUAAAAUCAGCUCACAGUUCGAGGAACAGAUACUCGAGCCAGUGGACUCUGAGUCGACCCAGUCAGAGCCAGUCGACGGCCUCGGCACGAACUCUGACCUCAGACUGGCGGACGAUGGGCUCUCAUGGUAUCACGGCCACAGAGAGCGACAGCUACAGCGCCAGCCUUUCUCAAGACACAGAUAAGGGUCGGAACAGCAUGGUGUCCACAGAGAGCGCCUCCUCCACCUACGAGGAGCUGGCCAGGGCCUACGAGCACGCCAAGCUGGAGGAGCACCUGCAGCACGCCAAGUUCACCAUCACUGAAUGUUUCAUCUCCGACAGCUCAUCUGACCAAAUGACGACAGGCACCAAUGACCCGGCGGACAGCAUGACCUCCCUCAGCACGCCGUCUGAACCGGGCAUUUGCCGCUUCACCGCCUCCCCACCCAAACCGCAGGACUACGACCGUGGUAAAAAUGUGGCUGUGCCCAUUCCCCACCGCGCCAACAAAAGUGAAUUCUGCAAUCUACCCCUCUACAUGAAGACAGAUCCGUUCUUCCGCAAGCAAGGGGAGCUGCAUGACCCCUGCCCGGCUGUGCCACCGCGGGAGGCCUCGAUCCGCAGCCUGACGCAGCGGGCGUAUCACACCCAGGGCCGCCACAAGACUCUAGACCCUGCCAAGCAGCAGGCCCUGACGCUGGGCCACUCUGGGCUGGGCAGCUUGGGUGCGAGCUCGGGCACCGCCACCUUGCCCCAAAGGACUCUCACCAUGCCCAGCUCCAACAAUGCAGCGACAGCUUCCACUUCCAGCACGAGCAGCAACCCCACCAACAGUAACAAAGUGGGGGGCUCCAGAGACUCGCUGCUAGAGAGCAGCUCCUCUGCACUGGGGAGACUGCAGAAACAGAGUGUGGGGGCCUACUCCAAGUCGUACACACUGGUGUAGUCGGUUCUCCUGCACAGACUCGCGCUGCUGUCCCACUCCUCAGCCGGCCCACUCUGGCGCUCUUCAGUCUGGGCCAGAAUGGGCAAGCAGCCAUCGUUCUUUAAACCCAACUAAUGGUGAACUGCCCAGCAUCCUGUCUAAUUUUCCUUGGGAAAGGUGUUCUCCCAGACAGAGACCCAGCUAACCCUUACUUUUCAUGUCCACGUGGGACUCUAUAAAAGAACUACUAACGCCAACUAACAGUUCCAGCCGGCUGGUGCUCAGCUCCACUCAGUUUUCACAGGAGUUGCACAGCAGAAACAAAAAAAACAAACAAAAAAAAAAACAGGAAACGAUUCUGUGGUCAUUUGGAAAUAUUGACUUUAACCGAGGAGCUGAGAGCUCUAUGUUUAUGAUGAUGAAGACUACAAUAGCCAGUAUGAAGCUGUGUGGCCAUCCUGUCUUUCAUACGCACACACAUACUGUCCUCCAUAGUUUGAGUAUUAUUGUCAAUUUGCAAGACUUCCAGUUAAGUUCCCUAUUCGUACUGUAUCUUUCACCCUCUUUGUGUCUCUUAAAGUCCCACAUUUAUAUUGGCAGAUUCUCUCUUAAAGGUGAUUCCAAAAGAAAUAUGAUUCAGGUUCACUUCCAAGAAGGAUGAAACUUCUACCACAUUAAUGUUCUCCACACAUCGCUCUGCAGCUGAACAGUGUCGCAACUUUUACAAAUCAUGACAACCCAAAUGAACCAGCUAUAAUUUCUCACAUUACAAAUAGAGAAUAUUUGGUAUUAUAAAGAAUUUACAUAUAUAUUUCUAUGUAGGUAUAUUAUUGACAUUUAAGUGAAAUUAUGACAAAGUAUAAAUUGUAUGUACUACAAUAGUGUAGUAGUAUAUGCAGCAAUUUAAUGACAAAUUUUAAGAAUGAGACAAUCGCUCAAUCAUGAAAUUUAAAAGAAGAGAAAUUUAGAAAAGGUUGGACUAAAGAAAGAAAAGUAUAUAUACGGGAUGUUACUGUAUGUUACUGUAUGUGGGCCGACUAACAGAAGAGUGUAUCGCUCUGGUGUGGUCAGAGAGUGGAGCUUUUCCAGAUGACAAGAGCCAGAUAGGCAACAGAUCACUGGGUGAACAACACAACUUUGUGUUUGGUGGAAACAAUCAUGAUGCAAGGUCUUCAAGGAUUUAUGUGACACUAUUUACUCAUGAAGAUAUAGGCUCUUUGACUUUAUAUUCGUCUGGUCGUCAGCCUGAGUGGUUAGUAAAUACAAUAACAUUCAGAAACCAAAUGAGUGUCUCAGAGGAUCCUCAGAUCAGUUUUAUGCUGGGAGGAGGUUUGCUGCAAAGUGGUUCCAGACGUCAGUCAUUGUUACAGUGUUAAGGCCUCUGUUUUGUGGCCUGGAUGACAGUCACAGACACAGUAUUGCAUCCUACCAACUUCUCAGUGCCACUCAGAGAAACAGAGACAGGUAGCUGAAGGAAUCCCAGUCAUGAUGUGAAUGAAGUAAAAUAAUUUAAGAUGUUAUAUGUCAGGGAGUUCAGUUUUGAAAAAUGAUAUAAUGUUCACUCAAUUGAUAUCUUUGUUGUUGUCCUGUCUGAAGUACUGUAAAUGUCCCACUUUCUUUAUCUCCAUACCCCUCCAGUUUGCGCCAGUGUACAUUCACACAAGAACCUAUUGGAAUGUCUUUCUCAAGCAUCUCCAUGAUAGUGUUUUGUGGUUUAUAUUUUAUUUAUCCAUUUGCUUUGUUUGCUUGUUUGUUUGUUUUAGGGGAGGGGAAUCUGUUGGUCUGUUGAUUUCAAUUUGUAAUAUUAUUAUUUUUUCAUUUGUUUUGGGGUUUUGUCUAAAUUUUGGUUCCAGAGGCCAAACAGUACUAAGCUAUGUGGCCUGUGGCUAAAACUAGUUCAGACAAGUGAAAUCAGGGACUCGUAGCUCUUUUGGUCACACAAACUACUAUUGUACUGUGUAUAUACUGGACUGGAGUCGGUCUGUAAACCUGAGUCAUUCAGGCUCCCGUCAUUUCCCCCGUUCAGAUAAAUUAAAGUAAAAAUUCACCGCCCUAACCAUACUAGAUCCAUCAUCUCUACCUUUGUCAGUGUUGUUUAUAGAUUAAGUCUUGUACAUAAAACACAGUUUUGUAUGAAGAGCUAUUUUCGUCAGAAUAAAUCAGGGGACACAUCAGGGUUGAAUGCCCCAGUUUCAAAAUUGAAAUAGUAUCAAAAUAAAAUAUUUUACUUCUGAAAUGGGCAAAAAACAUUUUUCUUUCCCUUUAUGUUUUUGAUACUAAUUUGUUGAAUUUUUAUUCUUUUUUAAAAGUCUUUUGAUGUUGUCAUUUGUCCUAUUUACUUUUUUAUUAUUAUUUUGUAUUUUCUUCAUCCUCAAAAAAAGUCAUUGCAUGCUUGCUAAAAGGGAAAAAUUGAAGGAAAAAAUGUAUGAAAAUCAAAAACUAAAAAAAAAAAAAAAAUGUUGAGGGAAUCCCAAGCAUUUGUUUGAGUUGCUUGUUAUAGCAAUUGCUUGUGUUCAAAGGUACAUUUUCUAUGAAAAGAAAGCAAAAACUAAAAAGAUCAUUCUAACACCUUGUGCAAUAAAGCUAUCUUUCAUA